AUGACACGCUUUGAAAAGUUUAACGAAGGCGGCGUACCUGAAACGCAUGUUCACGCGGAGUGGCUGGAGCGCCGCGUUGAGCUUCGGCGUGAACUGCUUUGCUUACCUGCAGCAGCAAAAAAACGUGUUGGUCGCAAGCGCAUUGACGUCGCCGGACGCAUUCUUACCCUAGAACUCAUGCACGAAAUCGAUCAAACGAAGAAAGAACGGGAUGCAGCGGCUAAGAAGACAAAGGAGAUGCGUGCAAUCCGAGUCAAAAAGAAAACGAAAAAUGAAAUUACCUCGAUCGGCGCUGACGAGCAAGGCCUUGAUGAUGUGGACGGUGACGAAAACAAUGUCGGCGACGACAACGAAGACGGCGAAAACAACGAUGACGCAGAGCUGGCUGAAUUCGUUUGCCUAGAGGAAGUAGUGGUUUAG